AUAGCGUUUGAAUAAACAACAAAAGAAUUUCCUUUCCUUCUUGUCAAUAUUGCCUAAAGCUUGAGGUCAAAAAAAAAAAAAAAAAAACAAUUGGUGGGUUCUGAAGGCUAGUUGAUGAAUUUGUGAGCUCUGAAAAUGUCGUCUAAACCGCAUCAUCGGGCAAUUCCAAAAGAAGUGGAAAUACAGAAGGAUCCUCUCAAGUGGGUGCUUAGACCAAGGGCACUUAACAUCGCAUGGGGAAAUGACUCUCGCAAUUGGGAGAUGCCUAAAGCCGGGGAGAAAGAUCCAGCAAAGUUAUGGAUGGUGUCUUGGUUUGAAGUAACAGGCACAAUCAAGGAUACAAAUAUAGUGAAGGGCAAGAGCUUUGAGAUUAGCUUUAAAGUAGACAUGGAAGAAGCUUUUGAAUGGACAGAUCUUCCAGUGUUUAUGAUGGCAAAGCUUGGGAAGCAAGGAAAAUGCAAGUGGGAAAAGGUUCCCUUAAGCGAUGGACAAGAAGAAGCUCCUGUGAUUAAUAUGCUUAUUCAAGUUGAAGAUGACAAUCAUGAACACACUCUUUACUUUGGCUUAUAUGAAAUCUGGAGUGCCAAAUGUAAAGUUGGUAUGAAAAUUCAUCAUGUUGAAGUUACAUCCAAAUAGAUUUAAUGUUAGUUAUAUGCUCUAAUGUCAAUCGGUAUUUAGCUAUUAGGUUUCAUGUAUUUUUAAGUAUUUAAUAUAUUAAUAAAAGAUUUUUAUUUA